AUGGAUGUAUUAUUUGCUGCAUGCAAGCCAUGGACGCCGUUGUCAGGGAGUAGGGGUGCUAUGGAUGCGAUAGGUAAUAAUCCUCCGAGACAGCGAGUCUCUGACACCGAUAUUCAGAUCCAUCCCUGUCUUGGGGCUGCUCGUGUGAUGGUGCCGGCAGUUGUUGCUGGCGAUGAUGAUGAUGAUGAUGAUGAUGAUGUUGUUGUUGUUGUUGUUGCUGUUGUCGCUGGUGGUGUUAAGUGUUGCUGCUGUUGA